UCGGGAGAAAGAGUGAAGCGGUAGAGAGACACUCUGCUUUUAAACCGCGGAGCCAGCCCUGAAAUGGUGACGCUGCUUCAGAUCGGUUAUAGGCUCCUCCUCGGGUACUCUUUGUUCGACAAAGGGGUCGGCCAUCCCCCGCUGCUCUGCUGGAGGCUUCUAUUCUGGUUGGUCUGGCAUGAACCGUCCCGCUCGAUCCGCGGAUAUAUAGCGGAGUGUUCGAGCGUUUCACCACAGUUUCUCUUCACGUGUGUUAGGAAACAAACGACAUCCAAUAUGUCUGGCAGAGGCAAAACCGGGGGAAAGACCAGAGCGAAGGCAAAGACUCGCUCUUCCCGCGCUGGGCUCCAGUUCCCCGUCGGUCGUGUUCACAGGCUGCUGCGUAAAGGCAACUACGCACAUCGCGUUGGUGCCGGCGCCCCUGUCUACCUGGCGGCUGUGCUGGAGUACCUCACCGCUGAGAUCCUGGAGCUGGCUGGAAACGCCGCCCGCGACAACAAGAAGAGCCGUAUCAUCCCCCGCCACCUGCAGCUGGCCGUCCGCAACGACGAGGAGCUCAACAAACUCCUGGGCGGAGUGACCAUCGCUCAGGGCGGCGUGCUGCCCAACAUCCAGGCUGUUCUUCUGCCCAAGAAGACCGAGAAGGCCCCCAAGUCCAAGUAAAGCAAAGCUGCUGGAAACCACCGACACAAAGGCUCUUUUAAGAGCCACACACUCUCCUCUAAAGAGCAAAACUCCUCACACACCAACGUCAUUUAGGGAUGAUUUAUGCUUGCACAUUAGCCGUCAAUACUGGAAUGGUUAUUAUGUGUCAGAUGUUAAGAGAGGAAUCCAGUGCUCAUCUGGAAUCUUCAUAUAAAUAAUACGUACUUCAAAUUUCAAUAAGCCUAAUGUACAUGGAUCCACGGCAUUAAAGGAACAUGCUUUUAUCUGUCAAGAUGAACAAUAUAAAUGCACAAACGACACAAGUUCAUAUUUGUCAAAUGAAAAGUAAUGUGGCUAUAACAGAUGAAAUGAUCCCUCAACGUCUGAUAUGCUGCAUGAUGCAAAUCUUGGGGAAGAGGUAGUGAUAAUUAUUUAUUAGAAUUAUUACUAACUAUUAUUUACAGAGUAAUGUUUUCAUAAUUAAUAACUCUGAUAGUUUUAAUGAAUCUGUAAAAUCAGUUUUUUAAGUUAGGUGAUGUGUGUCAGGUCACAUGUGGGAUUAUAGACGUGUUUCACAUGAAUCAGGUUUUCAUUCAAACAAUUGACCAAGUCCUCUGUUGUAUUAAAGUGCCCCAGUAAACCUGACAGUGAUCCAGCAUGCGCAACACCAGGACCAUGAAACAGAAGCACAAAAAAUGUAACACUCAGCCAUCAUUAUUAUUAUUGUAUACAUUUCCUCCUGUGAUUCUUCUGGUGUGACAGUGAUGAGGCUGUCCUGAAGGAGCUCUGUUGCCUUCUGAAUGGUUUGGAUUCCUCCAUUAAAUUUUAUUUGCCUUUUAUUGUCAUUGUACAGCACUUUGGUCAGUUAUGCUGUAUUUAAAUGUGCUCUAUAAAUAAAUUUGAGUUACUUACUUUUACUUACUUAAACGUUUUGAGCAUUUAAGUUUACUCUUGUUUCCAAGACGAGCGUGACUCUGAUCAAUUCAACCAGAAGCUCCACUUGUUUUCGGAGGCUCUUCUUCACUGAACUCAAAUAGCUUUGGCCUCAUCAGGUGAGCUGAUGAGGCCAGAUCAUAAUACUUUGCCGUCUUUAGAGACAUGCACAUGCACAGCCAUUUAUGUCAUACAAACCUGCUCAAACACACCGAACACACAUUAAUUAUAUAAUAAUUUAAGCAAUGGUGACGAUCAGGAACUCAAAUAAUAACUACAUAUGUCCUUCACCGAGUUGCCCCUCAGGCUCAGGGUUCUAUUUGAAUUUAAUGAGGCAGGUCAGCUGACAUGGGAAGCUGUCAUUGGUCAGUCAGAAAAAAAAUCAGUCAGAAAAGAUUAGCAGCACAUGUAGUGGCUCUGUUUGAAUUUAUAUAUGCUCUAAAUGGCCGUGCGUGUAUAGUAUUCAUGUUAAUGUCUGUUUGUUAAUCUUUUUGAAUUAAGAGAUUAGACAGAUCAUUUUAGCAACAUGAUAGAUUUAUUUUGCUUGACCAUAGAUGUAUUAUGGUUUUAUUACCAUUCUCUCAUGUGCUUGAAUGACAGAUGGAAUGAGUAAUGUCGACAACACUUCCUUAAUUGUGGUAACACAAUAUUUUUUAGUGUAGUUGUCUAGAUACAGUCAUCUAAUUUUUCACCUACGUGUGUUUCUGCACAGACUUGAAGCGUAAAGCGGCUGCACUCUGCUCCACAACAUCCAUUCAGGGCAUCACACUGUUGAAGUGCAGCACCUAAACAAAACAAACAUCUCUGUCCAUGGUCCUGGAACAAGAUUAAAACAAUUAAGUAUGUUUUUAUUAUACUCUGAAAAAUGCACUUAGUGUUUUAAUCAUAAAUCUGCGAAAAAGCAUCACCUGGAAAAACCCUCUACUCCCUGUCAGUAAAUUUAACCACAUAACUUUCCCUCUGUUGGUGUUGCAGUGUCUGAUGACAGUUCAUCAAUACUUUAGUUUAAUAACAGCCACUGAUCAUUUUGUUGCAGCUACAGAGAUCAUUUCUAUGACUCAAACGAGUAGCUGCAAUAAAACAGGAGAAGCUGAGCUACUGGAAAACAAAGCUUCGGACAGGAAAUGGGGGAGAGUUCAUCUGGUAGUGGACGUUGUUCCGGUUCACAUCAUUUGGAGAGCAGCUCCAUCUGUUGGCUGCCUGAUGUUACUGCAGUACAGCACAGUUAUAUGAUGUGAAGCCGGAAUUGACAUUUUUCUAAGCAGCUGUCACUUAUAUAUUUUGCAAGGAAAGACACAAGGAAACUACGAUAAAUAUAACAACAAAGGUACAAUAUUUAAUAAGUAUGGUAUAUGAAUUCGAACGGAUAUCGCUUAACAUAAUUUUACAUGAUGUAUGUGUGUGUGUCAGUAGUAGUCUGCCUCUCCUUCACACAGAGUCUAAAGCUAUUUGUUAUAUUAUUUAAUGUGAACCAACUUCUAAAUCUUAACAUUGUAAGAUAGACAUUUAAUAUAUUCCUGUCUAGCUUGACUCGCUUUAGUUAUGAACUCUGUCUCUACAUAUGUAUUGACAGUGGUGAUGAAUGAUGAGGAAACAGCUCUUUGUGGAUAGACGUGUGUGGCUGGCUUUUACCAGGAUGGACAUGUUUCACAGUGAGGACAGCUAACUUCUUCUUGGCUGCUGUCUUCUUCGCUUUGGGUUUAGCGACCUUCUUCGCGGGUGCUUUCUUGGCAGCAGGGGUCUUUUUCACCACCUUCUUGGGGCUCUUCGCCACUUUCUUGGGGCUCUUCGCCACCUUCUUGGGGCUCUUGGUGGGCGUCUUGGCCGCUGCUGGUUUCGUCACCUUCUUCGGGGACUUUUUAGCGGCUGCUGGCUUCUUGGCUGCCGCUGACUUUGGCUUUUUAGCCACUGCGGGUUUCGAGGCGGCGGGCUUCUUCGCUUUGGGAGCGGCCUUCUUCACCGGCUUCUGGACCUUGGUCUCCACCUUCUUGCUCAUCUUGAACGAGCCGGUGGCCCCGGAUCCCUUGGUCUGGACCAGGGUCCCGCUGACCACCAGCUUCUUGAUGGUGGUGUUGACGCGAGAAUUGUUCUUCUCCACAUC